AUGGUUGAAGGAAUUAUGGGUAUCAAGUUCUCCAGAUGUGAUAGAAAGUGUUUGUCAUGUCUUCACUUCUUCACCCUAUUGUUUCCUUCCCUCCACUUUUGCCAUCCCCCAUAUCCUACCGCUCUUCCUGAUUGGAACCUCAAUGUCAUCAGCCAUACACUUACACUUCAGCAAGAUGUUAAGCGGGCCAUAGAAUUACUUGAGAGGCUUCAAAAGAGUGAGUACAGCUCUUGGUUGGGUGGAGAGGUCCCUAAUCAAAAGUUGGCAGCCUUGCAGAAAGUCUUACAAAGUGAGUUUUGUAAUGCUGUAAGGGAAGUUUAUGAACAUGUGUAUGAAACUGUGGAUAUCUCUGGAAGUCCUGACAUUAGAGCUAGUGCAACAGCCAAGGCAACAGUUGCAGCUUUUGCUGCCAGUGAAGGCCAUGCACAUCCACGUGUUGUGGAGCUCCCUAAAACUGAUGAAGGAUUGGGAUUCAAUGUCAUGGGAGGUCGAGAGCAAAACUCACCAAUUUACAUCUCUCGCAUUAUUCCUGGGGGUAUAGCAGACAGGCAUGGGGGUUUGAAACGUGGAGACCAGCUGCUGUCUAUAAAUGGAGUGAGUGUUGAGGGAGAAAAUCAUGAGAAAGCGGUACAGCUAUUGAAAGCAGCCCAGGGCAGUGUGAAACUUGUAGUCCGUUACACUCCGAAAGUCUUAGAGGAGAUGGAGAUGAGAUUUGAUAAACAAAGAGCCAUGAGAAGGCGUCAAAAUAUCCAAUAAACAUGACUGUAUUUUUCAGUUAUAAAACUACAUUUUGAUAUGUUUAUGUUGUUUUUGUGACUGAAGAAUAUUAGUAUUUUAGUAAUUCAUGUUCAGUGCGUGUUACUUAUGGGUAAGGGUUUCGUAUUCAUUCCAGUAAGAUAACUAAGGUACAUUGUUUGCAAUUAUUUUAUUAAAUUGCUUAUAUAUUUUAGAACCAAGGUGUCUGUUUAAACAUUACAAAUUAUUUGAGAAAUACCCAUUUGUGUACGAGAUAUAACAUUUUUACUCGUUAUUUCUGGCCGACAAUAUUGAAAAGACGUCUGUACAUUAAUAGUGGUGAAGGAAGAUCCGGUAGCAUAACAUUUUGAAUUAUUUUAUUCUUGAUAAGUCAGUUAAUAAUGAGGUUAGCCAAUAUCUAAAAAAUCUAAUAAAAGCAUAUUUACUUUUUAUGUUUGAUAGAAUUUAACCCAUAAAUUAAUCAGAUAUUUUUUACCUUUGCACUGCAUGAAAUUACUUGUCUAACAGGUUGGUUCAAAACACAAGUUUUAUGAUAAAAAUUGUAAUUCUAGAAGUAUUGGUGGGUGGAAUGAAUUUAUGGAGAGAGACUAAAAUUUCCAAAUUUUUUGUUUCAAAUUAGUCAUUCAGAAAAGAACUGUGCAUACUUAGUUGUUUCAGUCCACAAUGUAAAUAGUAUUUGGUGGAUUUAGAUUUAUGAAAGAAAACAUUUUAAUUGUUUUAAUAAUUAUGACUGAUUUUUGUUGUCUACACUAAAUCCAAAGGUUCAGCAACUGUAAAGCCAAUGUUAUAUGGCAAUCUUUAUGUGGUUGUAGACUGAUAACUUUUAGUUCAGGUUGAAAACAUUUAACAGACAAGGCUGAAUUAAAAUCAUUAUUUGUAAAACAUUAAUUUUGCUGUUCAUCUAGUUUUCACUUUGAUAAGAUUAUGUUAUGUUAAAGAAGCAAUUUGUCAAAGGCCACUUCUGUAGUAUGUCGUGCAGCUUGAGAGAAGAAUCAGAUGUUAU